AUGCCUGUCGAAAUUCAGGGAUUUCUCAAGUACCAGUUGAAUAAAUGGAUAUAUCAACCCCCAGUCGAUUUGCAAGAAUACCAGCUGAUCCCUCUGGACAUUCAAUGGUCUUCUGUGGAGAUAUAUGGCAUUGAUGGGCUUCUCUGGACUCAGUCAUAUCCAACCAAGCAGGUGCAAAAUGUUGCAGGUCGCUUCCUGCAUAAUGGCCAGGAAUAUAAAUGGAUCGUACCGGGUCACAGUUUGACCCAAAGCAUUGGAAACACCAUGCCGGAAGACCAGGGCAUACCAGAUGGAGUGAAAAUACCAGGGGGAGUGCAAGAACAUGACGGGUUGUCGUCGGCUUUGACGGAAAUACACCAGGAAGAUCUCAAUCGAAUGAGUUUUGAAAUUCGAAGACCCACUGCGCAAUUCUCUGUUGCUAUUACCGUUCAGCAGAUAGCGAGAUGCAUCCUUUAUGGCCAGCUUCUCGUGCGAGACAAGUAG